UUCCGGCUUGCGUGUGGCGCUUGCUAGUUGGCGUUGUUUACCGUGUGUCCUCGCACGUUUUAGCCCGACCGCCGGUUCUCUUUCGCCAUGGGGUGCGACGGUGGCACCAUUCCCAAAAGGCACGAGUUGGUGAAAGGCCCCAAAAAAGUCGAAAAGGUUGAUAAAAAUGCACAGUUGGCUGCUAAAUGGAAGUACUGUGCUUUGAGCCAGGAGAAACUCCGACGCCCCAUCGUCUCCUGUGAACUGGGGAGGAUUUAUAACAAAGCUGCAGUCAUUGAGUAUCUCCUGGAUAAGACUGCUGAAAGACCCAACACCGAGGUGGCAUCACACAUCAGGGGGAUGAAGGAUAUGAAGGAGCUGAACCUGACGGAUAAUCCGGAGUGGGAGGGAGAAAGGCGGAAUGCCAAGGGAGACCGCUACGAGGACAUGCACUGUGCCAUGUUUAUCUGCCCUGUGGUGGGCCUGGAGAUGAAUGGUAAACAUAGGUUCUGCUACCUGCAGACUUGUGGAUGUGUCUUCUCUGACCGAGCUCUGAAGGAGGUGAAGACAGAGAUCUGCCACAAGUGUGGCGACCCUUUCAAAGAGGAAGAUAUUGUGGUUCUCAAUGGCACUAAGGAGGAGAUGGAGAAGCUGCGGGAAAAGAUGGAAGAGAGGAGAGCCCAGGCAAAAUCUAAGAAACCAAAGAGGAACAAGGUUGCUGAGACUGCAUCCAAACUGUCAGAGUCAAAAGAUGCCACAGGUACCUCUCCCGUUGACUUACCAGGAGGGAGGCCGGCACAAAAUGGCAGUGAAAGCGGUCAGUCAGCAGUGGCAGGUCCCUCCGGGUCCUCCAGCUCCUCCAAAGGGGCCAAGCCUUCUGCUGCCAAGAGGUCGAUCCAGGAGACGGAGAAGUCGGAGGCCUUCAAAUCCCUGUUCACCACCCACAGCUCCGCCAAGCGCACCAAAGCGCAAAUGUCCAACUGGGUGACCCAUACCCCCUAUCACUUCUAAUGGCCACGUUCAAACACUCCCCCACACCCCCCCCCCGCCACACACACACGGUCCACAUGGAGAACCACAUCACACAAUAUGCUCAGUAUUUGACUGUGAGUUUGCUCAAAGAAACUGGAAGAAAUUCAUCAUCAGACAAAUAAAGAGAAAGCAAAAAUUAAUUCCCCUGUUCUGUACCCUGGCCUAAUCACACAAACACACACAACCUAUAUAUUAUCACGUAGAUUUGGUACCAGUGUGUGGAUUCAAGCCUAAAUCCCAUCUUUCCUUGCUGUAUUUACUUGAGGUCUCCUUGAGCUUGGUAGCUUGACUGUUUUGUCUCUUAUUCCCAGACAUGUUCCUCAGCAUCCACACCUUCUGAGUCAGAAGUGCGUUUAGAAAAGAGACUGUGCAGCGGGGCGGCACACAGCGGGGAAGCACAGUGGCGCAGUGGCUAGCACGGUCACCUCCCAGCAAGAAGGUCCUGGGUUCGAGCCCUGGUGUAGUCCAACCCUGGGGGUCAUCCCGGGUCGUCCUCUGUGUGGAGUUUGCAUGUUCUCCCCGUGUCUACGUGGGUUUCCUCCGGGUGCUCCGGUUUCUUCCCACAAUCCAAAGACAUGCAGGUCAGGUGAAUCAGCAUUACUAAAUUUUCCCUAGCUGUGAAUGUGUGUGUGUGUGUGUGUGUGUGUGUGUGUGUGUG